CAGAUCGCCUGCCUUCCCUGCUCUCCCCGUCGGCUCACCGCGCGCCCCAGAUCUCCCCGUCCAAAGGGGACCCAAGCAUCGCAUCGGAUCCGUCCUGCGCUUUGCCGCCGGCAACUGCAGAAGCGACCAGCCAUGGCGGCAGCCUUCGAUGCUUACACCGACAAGAACGCCGUCUUCCGCCGUCUCAAGGCCAAGCCCGAGAACAAGAUGUGCUUCGACUGCAACGCCAAGAACCCCACCUGGGCCUCCGUCACCUACGGCAUCUUCCUCUGCCUCGACUGCUCCGCCGCCCACCGCAGCCUCGGGGUCCACAUCACCUUCGUCAGGUCAACGAACCUCGACUCAUGGACUCCAGACCAGCUGAAGAUGAUGGCAUUCGGAGGCAACAACCGGGCACAUGCUUUCUUCAAGCAGCAUGGAUGGACCGAUGGCGGGAAGGUCGAGGCAAAAUACACAUCAAGAGCCGCUGAACUUUACAGGCAGAUGCUUACCAAGGAGGUCGCUAAGAGCGCCACGACCGAUAAUGCCCUGCCAUCGUCACCUGUCGCAUCUGAGGCUUCCAAGCCGCCAUCCGAUGACUUCCCUGAAUUCAAACUCCCAGAUGUGCCAGCACCACCGGCAGAGGAUCUGAAUGGGAAGCAUGAGCCCAAGUCCCCCAAAGCUGCUCCUCGUUCACCAAAGGCCGCUACUCAUCCCACCUUUGCCACUUCUGUGAAGAAGCCCAUUGGCGCAAAGAAGGUUGGAGGCAAGACUGGAGGGCUUGGUGUUCGAAAGCUUACUACAAAGCCAAAUGAAAGCCUGUAUGAGCAGAAACCAGAAGAGCCAAAACCUGCUGUACCUGCCUUGGCUGCUUCAACUAAAAAAGGUGGUCAGGCCUUGCAUUCACGUUUUGAAUACGUGGAGAACGAGCCAUCAGCUGAUUCGAGAACUGGGGGAUCUGUAUCUCGUGUGAGUGGCCAUGUAGCACCACCAAAAUCAUCAGACUUCUUUCAAGAGUAUGGGAUGGGUAAUGGGUUCCAGAAGAAAUCUAGCAAUGCCUCAAAAACUCAGGUUGAGGAAACUGAUGAAGCAAGGAAGAAAUUCUCUAAUGCCAAGGCGAUCUCGUCAUCUCAGUUUUUUGGUACUCAAAACAGAGAAGAGAAAGAAGCUCAACUAUCCCUUCAGAAAUUUGCGGGCUCUUCAUCCAUUUCAAGCGCGGAUCUUUUUGGCCGCAAUGAUGCGGACAACUCUAACCUGGACCUAAGCGCUGCUGAUCUCAUCAACAGAAUAUCUUUCCAGGCUUCACAGGAUCUGUCUUCGCUCAAGGACAUAGCAGGGGAGACUGGAAAGAAGCUGACAUCUCUGGCCUCCAAUUUCAUCAGCGACCUGGACAGGAUCCUUUGAGCAGGGCAGGCGAGGCCAGCAGCAGUUUUGCUAUCCUCCUACCUGCACCACAGAGUAUAUCCCUUGUGGUGCAUCACCGACAGUUCUUGCACAGUUACAGCUCUGUAGAGGGAUAGUAGAUGAUUCUUAUCAUGCGUUUUGUAUUCUGACCUUUGCUUGUUGUGAGACCCAGUCCACAUGAAGAUGUUUUUUUAUUUGUUAUUGAUACUUUCAAGACGUUGAAGC